CAGUGUACCAGAUGGUGAAGCAAAACAAAACAUGGACUCAGAACCAGUGAUUACCCCAAUGCUGCAGUGUUUUGUUUACAUGUGCGCCGUUAGGUCUAAACAUGAGUUGAUGACCAAACUGAUAACUGAGACUCCAGAUCAUCCAAUCCCAUUUCUUAUUGAUCACCUGCAGACCAAGCAAGAUAGCCCUGGCAAACUGCACAGAGCUUUCUCUGGAUCAGCAGCUCUGUGGGCUCAGAGUUCCCCAGAAAACAAAAACACCCGAAGAGAAUACAGCAACUUUGAGAAGCCAUGGCAGAUUACUCCAAAGAAGCCUAAAAAAUCAAAGAGUGACCUGGCAGUUUCAAGCAUCUCUCCGCCUUCACCAGAAUCCAAGUCCUUGCCGCGAUCAGUCGAGUAUCCGUCCUGGGACUGGAGGGAGAGCCGUGACUUUGAUGAGCUCAGCCACAUCUUGCAGGAGAGCAAAAAACUUGGCAAAGCCCUGGAGAGCCUGUCACGAAGCAUUGCCAUCUCUGACGAGCUUGACCAGCAGUUUCUGGGCUACAACUCAGUUCUGCGCCCCCGGGUGGUUGGCGAGUGGGUCGGUCGUGACGACGACGACGCAGACCCGCUGGCUGCCGAGAUGCUGCACCCUCCUUUCCCUCGAGCUAAAACCAAAGUGUGCUGGAGCGGAGAGAACAGCCCUGCUCAGAGCUUGAAGAUGGAAACCAAAAGCAAAGGGCUAAAGGAGCAGCAGCAACAUCACAAAAAGCUCCUGGCAGCCAUGUUGUCCCAGGACUCCUUUGACUCGGUCAACAGUCCUGCUUCCUCUGUUGUAGAAGAAGACAUUGAGGACGAGGAUGAUGCCAUGGAGCUUCUGGAGGACCUGGAUGACCUGCGGAUGGAGGGCGUAACGGGGCUGGCUCCAUCCGGCAGUAAGUUCAGCCAGGGACGCAGCUCCUAUCAGCCUGAACCACAGGCCAAAGUUACCCUCAACAUCUGCUCUAGUUGUGCCAGGCUGCAGGGAGACACACUAUCAGACAGUCGAUCUGAAGAGGAGCACAGGCCUCACAUAUCUGAGCAAGCUGUGCCUGACAUCUCCUCAGCGCCAUUGCUCGGGUUGGACAAGGUGGCGGGUCGACUUCAGGAAUGCGAGGCCUUAUCUCAAAUGUCUGGCUCUCGUCAGGCUGUCUGGGAGGCUGAUCUGAAGUCUGCAAGAGGUGGGAGUUCUGUCGGGCAGACGGGGCUGCUGCUUGGUGACUCCCUCUUUUCCAAAGAGCUGGAGAACAUGGGCAAACAGCUUGCUGAGGUUGAGAAAGACCUGGCCAAACUGGCAGAAGUAGGAAAGAUGACUACUCGGAACACCAACAAUCCACAUGGGAGUCUACUCCAUACCCCUCUAAGCCACCGAACACUACCGGACACUCUUCCCCUCACCAGCCUCAUCUCCAGGCCUCAGUCUCCAGCUGGUGGCCUCUCAGGCAAGCCCUGCGGCAUUGGCCUCCCCUUGUUGAGCCCCAAGCCCACCUCCUUGUCCAUGUCCAUGGGCCGGACCCCCAGCAACCCUGGUAGCAGGACUCAAACUCCUAGAACACCCAGCAGACCCCUGACCCCAAACAGCUUACUGACGCGGUCCUCCUUUCACCCUGGAGCUCAUAAAGAAGUAACAUUCCGGAGGUCAAGGAGCAGACCUGUGACACCCACAAGUCAGCCGCCUCUUCCUCGACCACUGCUCACCCCUCCAGGACUAAGUACCACAGACAGCCUUGGUGCCAGCCUAAGGGCAUAUCUGUCUGAGGAUGAGUUUUACCAGCAGCUCCAGGCCAUCAGACAGCCCUGGCAUAUUCCCAGUGACACAGACAGUGACAUCAUGGAGCCUCCUGAACAGGAUAAGAGUAGUUUACGGGAUGCCAACAAAAGAUCCGUGUUUUCAGCCACAUGAUACCCAAGUAAUGGCCGAAGGUUGACCGUAGAGGCCUCCACCUUCAUUUAUGGCCCAGUGGAUUACCGUCACAGGCUAAAUGGAGGACACAGAGGCUCUCAAACGUGAUUGGUGGAGGCUGCUCGUGUGUGGUGCGGGGAACACUGAUGCUUGGUUCCAUUAAGUCACUUUGGUUCUGAGUUUACACGCGGCAGACGGCGUCGACUCCCAGCAUCAACAUUUGGGAGAAGGAGAAAGUCUGUCUGGUUUGAGGUUGUCUGUGGCUCUCCUUCUUGUGGCUUGAGAGGUGCCCACAGUUCCCAGUGUGAGUGUGCCAGUCUGGAGGGAGAUCAGAGAACUGGCUGCUGCUGUUUUGCUGCUGCUUGGCUAUCAGAGAGGCCAGAGCAUUGCUACAGCAACCAAACUCAAAGCUCAGUGCUGUCCCAGAACUCUUCCAUAUUGUAAAAUCUGGAGACUGGAACCUCCACUGAACUGCCUCAUUUUCCACCUCACAUUUUUUUCUAUUCAAAUAUUAAAUAGCUCUUUUAUUGUAAUUACAUCAGUUAUUAUUACUAUUAGUGGCUUAAUGUGGCUCAUUCGGGUUUCCAGGAGACUGAUGUGUUUGUGUUUUGUUUUUCACAGGCCUAUAGUGACAAAGACCAGAGGACCUGAUCCAAUUAAACAAUUAUGCAAAACACUGGAUAUUUUGAAUAACUGUUCAAAGAUAAUUAUUUUUAUAAAGAGUAUGAAUUAAAAUAACACAAAAGAUUGUAUACUUUUUCACCCUGUUUCAUAAACAUUGUACUGUAACCGAAUGUUGAACUAAGAAAACAUUACUUGAAACUAAGAGAUAUGCUGUUUAUUUUUGUUUGCUUUGAAGCAUGAUAUUGAACUCGUGUAUGGAGACAAGAUGCAUUUUGUUCCUCAUGGACCCCUUUUUUUGGCCUAGUGCAGAUUUGCAUUGCCAGGACAGCAUACCCACAUAAUUAACGUGUUUAUCGACAUGGACUGUUAAAAGAAUUUGUGCUUUUCAAAUAGAUAAUAAGAUGUAGAAGGAAAUACAUGGAAUGCUGUUAAAUUAAAAUGUUUUAGUGCA